GUCGGUGUCUGCGUUUCUUUUGUGCGGUCACGGUCAGAAAAGCUCCCAGGAUGAUUAACCUUCCUUUGCUAGGUUCAAAAAUAGAAUAUUAACAUACAGCUAGCAUUUUUUUCUCUGUCAGAGGUGACGCAUGAAUAUGAUAAUGGCGACUAUACUGAUGAGCCGGGUGUCUAUUAUUUUUUUGCUGUGUAUAUCCAACCUGGUUUCCGAACAACUUCGCUACUCGAUUCCCGAGGAAAUGGAACGUGGAACCUUUGUUGGCCACUUUGCUGAAGAUCUAGGAUUAAAGGUUUGGGAAUUACCGACUCGCAAAAUUCUGCUGCUUUCUGAUUACUCAAAGCAAUACAUGGAGGUAAAUGUGGAAAAUGGCUUCUUGUUUGUUAAUGAAAGAAUCGACAGAGAGCAGCUUUGCCCCAAAUCCCCUGCAUGUUCUCUAUCUUUCCAAAUCACGCUCGAUGAUCCUUUAGAAAUAUAUCCCGUUGAAGUGGAGAUACUAGAUGUAAAUGACAAUUCGCCCGUCUUUUCGAAGAAGGAAUUCUAUUUGCAAAUCAAUGAGUUAAAUGCGCCGGGCACUCGCUUCCCUCUCGAGAGCGCGCGUGAUUUGGAUGUGGGCACCAACACGAUCAACACUUAUCAGAUCAGUCCGAACGAGCACUUCGGUAUUAAAGUGCAGACAAGAAGAGGUGGAAGUAAAAACGCCGAGCUGAUAUUAAAGACGCAUUUGGACCGUGAACAACAGGCAAUGUUCACUCUUGUACUGACGGCUAUCGACGGUGGGAUUCCGCACAGGUCUGGCACGGCGCGGAUCAUUAUUAACAUCAUGGACGGAAAUGAUAACCCGCCUAUAUUUGAUCAUGAAACCUACAGGACGUCUGCACUAGAAAACAUGGCGAAUGGCUCUUUGGUGUUAAAAGUUCAUGCUGUUGAUCUGGACGAAGGGACAAACGCUGAGGUAACAUAUUCUUUCACAAAUCAUGUUUCCCAGAACAUUCGAGAGAUGUUCAAAUUGGACCCUGUGACUGGAGAGAUCAGAGUUCGAGGAGUGCUCGAUUUUGAAGAAACAAAUGUUUAUGAAUUUGACGUCCAAGCAAUGAACUCAGCUCCACCUGAAUUAUCAGCUCUUGCAAAUGUUGUCAUUGAUGUAGUUGACACGAACGACAAUAGCCCUGAGUUGCAAAUAACAAUGCUAUCCAGUGCUGUGCCGGAAGAUACUUCUUCGGGGCUUGGUAUAGCACUCAUCAGCGUAACGGAUCGCGAUUCUGGCGAAUAUGGUGAAGUUCAGUGUCAGAUCCCGGAGAGCAUUCCGUUCAAGAUCGAAAGAUCUUUGAAGGACAACUACAAGUUGGUAACCAAUGGCAUUCUGGAUCAUGAAAUAUCUCCGCUAUACAACAUCUCCGUUUCAGCCUGGGACGGUGGAUUUCCUCCACUUUCAGUAAGUAGAUUCAUUGUGAUUUCAGUAAUUGAUGUCAAUGAUAAUGCGCCAAAAUUUACACAAUCGUCAUAUAACGUGUAUCUGACGGAGAACAAUACACCCGCUGCUUCCAUAUUUGCUGUGAGUGCAACGGAUGCUGAUUUGAAUCAGAAUGCGGCAAUAUCUUAUUCUAUUAUCGAUGAUCAACAGCAAGAAGAAAUGCUUUCUUCUGCCUACAUCACGAUCAACUCUAAAAAUGGGAACGUUUACGCGCUGCACUCCUUUGACUACGAGCAACAGAAACAUUUCCGGUUGAAAGUCCAAGCUCAAGAUGCUGGAUCGCCUCCACUGAGUAGCACUGCCCUUGUAAAUGUAAUUAUCCUGGAUCAAAAUGACAAUGCACCCAUUAUUGUUACACCUUUAACAUGGAACAACGCAGCGACUGUGGAAGUUAUACCCCAUUCAACAUAUCCAGGAUAUAUGGUCAUCAAGGUAAUUGCCACUGAUGAAGACUCUGGCCAGAACGCAAGGCUUUCCUACGAAUUACUGGAAUCUACGGAUCCUAGUCUCUUUACUGUUGGACUUCUCUCCGGAGAAAUCAGAGCAACGCGAACAUUUAGUGAACAAGAUAUGCUUGCUCUCCGCGUGGUCGUCUGUGUGAAGGACAACGGACAGCCAAGCCUUUCCAGCACCGCCACAAUAUCCUUUACCAUAACGUCCAAUGUUACUGAGAAAUCAUUUGAACAACGAGAUGAACCCAGACGUUCGGAUCAUUUUUCAGGUUUAAAUAGUUAUUUAAUCAUCAUUUUUGGAUCCACUUCCUUUUUGUUUCUCACAAUAAUAUUAUUUUUGCUAACCUUGAAGUGCAGACAAGAUAGAAAUACUGCUGCAGACUAUGGCACUGCAGUUUGUUGUUGUAAUGGGAGGAAUGCGAAUGAUGGCUUUAAUCGUACACCAACAGGAAGGGAUCCUUUGAAUUAUAGCGGGACCGUUCAGACCGGAAGUUAUCAUUACAGUGUGUGCCUGUCACCAGAAUCAUCGAAGAGUGACUUUCUGUUUUUAAAACCCUGUAAUCCCACGUUGCCUUUCAACGAUCUGAGUGUUCAUGACAGCAAUGCUAGAAACUAACUUCGACAGCAAACUAUUCUUUGAAAAGCAGCAUAUCCGGAACUAGUUCAUUAUUACCCACUUCAAAUCUUCGAAGAACGUUUGCGCUGGCCUCUAACUUAGAAGAUUCCAAUUAUCAUCCAGAACCUCCAACAUAAAAUGCAGGCUGCAUGUCUAGUAGAGUGUAAACGGCGACCUGUGCCGUUCGUGUUGCCGAACUUUGGAUAACAGAAAUACCUGUCAUAUGUUAAAAGCGAAAUCCUUGUUUUUGCGCCCUCAUGCCGAUCAAAAUGUUCCUAGGACACUUCUUCAAAGAAUAGCGGAGUGUCCACUUCACUAGUCAUUCAGACAUCUGCAAAAGACCAAUUCGCUGUCCCUUGCCACUUUGCUGUUUGUGGAAACUUAUUUUGGAUCUUUGAUUCGCGGAACCGUACAUUACAGAAGUGGACCUUCAGCCAUCGAGAAUAUGCCGCUAAAAUUACACUAAAUCUAAAGUCGCUCCAUUUUUCAGCAGCAAGCAUACAGCUUUGAAUGCUAUGAUAUUUCAAGUGUUCAUCCAACUGCUUAUUUAAAUGUUGUGAGAUUACCAUCUCAAUUACCCCGCAAAGCAGUGGAUGUCAAACUUCGUCAGAUCACCCUGCUUCCUUCAUUUGAAAAGUUCGUCCUGAACAGAAAAAUUCUUUUCGGGACCCUGAAUCAGAGAAGUGUGUUGUAAAUUUACUGUUCCUUCUUUCCUGUAUCUAUUGUUUUUAUGUUACUAUGUGGAUAAUGCUUUGAACGUUGUUAGCGUUUUCCGGCUAAUUUUCAUUUAUUAGUUAACUAUUUUAGAAAAUGGUAUUGAGAAAACGAAUGGGUCACAUUCGCAUCAUAAAGAACUUUAUUUCACACAAGUUAAUAACCAAAAUGUCUGAUACCUGCAACGACAAUGUACCCACCAUUUUGGAGAGAAAUUAAUUGUAUCCACCAAUCCACCUGGCGGGAAUGUUUGCUACUUACUCGUUCAUCAGGCAAUAUUUGCUUUUUAGUUAAAUAAACUGACAGUGGAAAUUACAUUGCUCGCAAGAGAGUCUGAACAAACGUAGAAACACUUUCCGAUAAGAGUUGACUACGUAACUCAGCAAAAAUUGUUUUCCUCCAAUAAUCAAAAUUCUAAGACUUUCAGCUCUCUUGAUUAUGACUGGCGUCAGACAAGUUUUAGAGAGUCAGAAACCGAAGUACACAGAACCUCAAGCGCCAAUGUUAGUCAAGAGCUUCAAUGAAACUACUGGAAAUGUUAAUAUAAAAUAUUAAUUAUUUUAAUUAAAUGGGGAACUUUCCAAUGGUACUUCCAUUCAAUGUCAAGUAGAAAUGGUCAGUGACAUGAAUCAAAGAACCUUAAGCUUGUCAGACAAAAGUCUCGAUGCUACCCAGUUGUCACGUGGAUUGGGCUGCUUUUGUUGUCGAGGGCUCAGGAGUAAAGCUGAAUAUGCAGAAUCUUAGACUACAGUUCCACUUUUUUAUCUUUACGAUGGAGGUAGGGCCCUUGAUGAAGCAGCAGAAGGUCGGUUUUGGAUACUGCGCGAGGAAUUCGUGCAGUCCUGCAGCUAAAAUAUUCCACGCACUCCAUUUUUGGCUCAUCCAAUUUCAACUGAAAUUUGAGGAUCUUUAUUUUUGCGCGAUCUUGUUUGUUUUCAAUUUGCGUAGAGCUCCUUGGUCUAUAUUUAGAACAUGCGGCAUUGCUAUCAAUCAGGGCAGUUUAUUUUACCUCACAUAUGGAAUUGCAAUGCUUUGUUCGGAUCUGAACAUCAGUUGUCAGGAUUUGCAGCGGGAGAGAUGCUGCAGAGCCCCCAGUGAUCAGCACCGGUAAAUUUGCAGGGGAGCAACUGUUGCUGAAUAGCACUACUGAUGGUGGCUCCCUUCCCCUGGUCCUGAAUUAGAGGUAGACCAAUAGGGCGGCGGUUGGCUGAAUUAUGCUGCUUGCUUCAUCAGAGCUCACCUUGGCAAUCAUUCACAUAAAUGUUAGCAUUGAAGAUGACCUGAGGAAAUUCUGGCUAGGACAAUUUUUGUUUAUGAAGUAUAGCCGUCUUGCACGCCAGCUUGGGCUUUUGUCUGGUCCAAAAUUGAUCGUGUAUCCAAUGUCCAGUUUUAGUAUUUGGCAUCAGAUUGAGAGAAUACAGCGUGUGAAAUACUGGCCUCGAAAAUAGUUGGGAUCUCAGCAGGAGAAAUGAGCAAACUUUAACUAUUUGCUGAAUGGCUUUCACGCUGCUCAUCAUGGAAAAUGAAAAAAAAGAAAGGAAUAAAAGGAAAUGUUUUAUUUAAAUAUUGCACCUUCCAAUAUCAAGGCUUUUCAAGUUCUGCACAGCAAAAUACUUACUUUUAUUCAUUUAUUGUCCGCCCCUAGUUGCCCUAGAGAAGGCAGCGAUGAGCUGCCUUCUUGAACAGCAACAGCCCAUGUGCCGUAAGUAGGCUCACAAUACCAUUAGCGACAGAAGGUUACGAUUUUGACCCUUCGCCAGUGCAGUGCUGGCGACGUAUCUCCAAAUCAGGAGGGUGAGAGCCUUGGAAAAGUACUUGCAGUUUGUGGUGUUCCCAUGUAUCUGCUGUCCGGUUCUUCUAGGUCUUAGGCUUGGACGAGGUUGUCUAAGGAUGGAAGGCGGAUUUCGGACGAAUAAUUGCAGUUUUAAUGCAAUAAACAUUGCAGCCAAUUUGUGCAUACUAAGAUUGGGCAGUUUCUUGUUUUCAUGUGUGCUGUUUGAGUCAUUGACCACCACGAUCUCGAGUUGCAUCUGGUAAAAUUGAUUUCCGUUUAAGGCAAUUUAGCGAAAGAGCGAAACGAUCUUGCCGUUCAACAUAUGCAUCACUUUUUUAUUUAGAAGUUUCACCAGGCUGAGAGCUCAUUAGCAAUCUGCUAAUACUCCUGGUACGUUUACGUAGAGGACAUAUGAAUUCAAAUUUUGUAACCUAGGUUAAUGGUGAUCUAUAGAAGUGAGAAUUUUAAUCGGGCCUGCACAUUGCGAGGCUACAGAUUGUGCUGAUUUGCAUAUUUAGAGUUGCUAUCCUAUGUUAUGAAAGGGGUGCUAAUGCUUUGAUUCCUCGAUCGAUUGUUAGGACUGAAAGGCAAAUAGUUUAAAUAAUCCACUGUUCCAGAUGUACCAUGCACUUGUGCCGAACAACUGGGUCAAGUUUAAUAGGAAAUUCAGGCUCAUGUCCUUUAAGUUGUCCACUAUCUCGUUGCUUUAAAUCAAGAAUAUUUCACUGAAGUUCAGUAAUAACUUGCGACGCAGCUACUUUAGAUAAUGGAAC